CAUUAUUCUCUUGCAACAAACGCAUGGAUUGAACGCCCUGAUGUCUGAGCUUCGACGCAGUGUUCUUAUCACGGGGUGUGCCAAGGGUGGGAUUGGCCAUUCGCUGGCCUGCUCUUUUCAGGAUGCAGGCCUGCGUGUAAUUGCUACAGCCCGCAAUCUCGAAAGUAUGAGUGACCUAAAAGCUCGUGGGAUCGAAACGUUUACUUUUGAUGUCACUUCGCUCAAUGACAUCCAGCACAUGCGAAAAACUGUCGAAGAGCUUACAGUUGGCACACUGGAUAUAUUGGUAAACAAUGCAGGAAAAAAUUGCACAAUUCCAACCGUAGAGGCCUCAGAUGAAGACAUCACCUCAGCAUUCGAGACCAAUGUCUUUUCGGUGAUUCGUGUCGUCCGAGAAUUUACGCCAUUGCUCAUCCGGUCGAAAGGAAUUAUUGUCAAUAUCGGAUCUGUUGCGGCAGUGAUCCCCUAUGUGUUCAGCGGCAUUUACAAUGCAACUAAGGGUGCUCUUCAUGCAUACAGCAACACGCUACGGCUCGAACUGGCACCAUUCGGAGUCCGCGUGAUGGUAGUCGUGACGGGUGGUGUCAAGAGUCGCAUCACCCGUACCAAGCGCGUUUUAUCAGAUACCAGUAUAUAUCUGCCCAUCUCGGAUGAAUUCGAACGUCGAGUUACUCAUUCACAAGAAGGGGCAAUGCCCAAUGAAGUAUAUGCUGCCAGCGUUGUUAAACAGACACUGGCGGCUAGGCCGCCGAAGUGGUUCUGGCAGGGUAAUAGGUCCUGGAUAAUUUGGUUCUUUGAUACGUUCUUUGGGAAAAGGUUUUGGGACUGGAUAUUUCCAUACAUUUUUGGCCUACACAAGCUCAGCAAAAUACUGAAGGGGGAAAACAAGAAAUAAUUUCAAGCUAAGUGUGGCCGAAGGAUAUAAUAUCCAUAUUUAUUUCACAGCAGUUCUACCUCUAAUAGACUAAUCAUACAUGUUCCUGUUAUAUGCCUAGUUUUCUGGCCAGACUCUAGCAAUUAGAUGAUAUGCAGGAGUGAAUAAAACAUGAAGACUAAGAUCAAUUAUCUGAGAUCUUUGAAGCUGUACGAAGGACCAUAUUUCCUAAUUUGACUUAUUCAAAAAUGGUCAUGUUACAUGUAAUUAAUACA